AUGGCGGCGGCUCAGGUACAAACUUUACUUCGCUUUCUGUCGCAGGAUGCCAAAGUACCACUUGCGUCCGCGAUGGGUAAAGUCAUGGAGCUUCAGAAGGCGGACCUCACAACUCCCGAGCAGAUCUCUAAGCAAGAUCUGAAAGUUCUUCAGGAUAUCUUCAAGGACGACAAGGUGGCGAAACAAGUCAUGAACGCCGCAAAGAGGGUGUCUAAAAAGCGAGGCGCAUCGGCUGGAGACGUCGAAGCUCCCCCAAAGAGAACGAAAAGUUCUCGUAUGGAAGUAUCCAACACCCCGUUUGACACAGAGCGUGCGCUUGCCCUGCCUAGCUCUACCGCUACGGAAGAGGAGCUAUCGGGGAUUGUCCUUCUCACAAACCGAGCGCCACUAGUGCUUGCAUUUGCUGUUGGUGUGCUACGAUAUACAAUGCCCGAGCAGCCCAUUUCUAGCAGACUUAGCCUUGCCCAAGCUGUGGUCAGUGCUAACAGUCGCUCAAAGGCCGUUAGCCUGGGCAUUGAAAAUGGGCCCCCGGCUGAAGUUGAAGGAUGGGGAGAGGGUCAGCCGGUGGUGAAGGUUCUGGGGAGAGAGGUGAAAGUGCUGAAGCGAUGGGACUAUGAUUCAAGGGAGGGUCAACCGCCAACUGAAGGCACACAGCCGGACGCGGAGGCCUCUGCCAUAUCUGACGAUGUGUUAGGGCAGAUUUCCCAGGACGGAUCAGACAGAGUACCACCACUCUGGGGGAUUGACACGGAGGCCAUGCGGAAAGCUCAAAGCUCGGAUCAGGUAGUGAGAACAAACAAGCCUUUACCUAUCUUCACCCCUGACUCGGCACGAGCAUACCUGUUCAAGGCAUUCACCAGAGCUCUUGAUGAAGACGGAUCCACUGGCAGUACAGCCAAAAGAAAAGCAUCACAAGUCGAGGCGGAAAAGGAGGACUGUCUCGCGCAUCUCAUACACACUAUUGACAUUGUCUGCAAGUCCUGGGCUUCCAGCCUCGAUAGAGACGAGUUAGACAGACGUGCAUGGGCCUGUCAACAAUCGCAGCAGAAAACCUACAACACCAUCCCUAUCGAUGCGGAUUUGACAGAAGACCCUUUUGGAGAUGAGGCUCGAGUGUCGUUCGAUGAGACUCCCCACCGAUCAAGUCUUCCUCCGAAGGGGGUAGAUUUCACCAAUCGCGAUUCAGUCGCGUCUACCGCCCCCUCCACCACAGCUCGUAGUCAAAGCGUCUCGUCACGCUCUUCGAUCCCCGUUCGGGCCAUGAGUCCUUACACUGGGGCAACGGGUCCUAGCCAUCCGUAUGCGAUGUACCCGCAGGUCGGUGUUAGUCGUUCCCCGAGUGUAGCGACCGCAUCAACUCUACGACCCGUGGACCAACCGUUGGAAGAUGCUAGUGGGCCGCAACACCCGUACGCGAUGUACACGCAAAAUGUGGUCCCUGAGGAGGGUAUGGACAGCACGAUGGACAACGCUAUGAUGGAAACUCCCAUGAUGGACAAUUCUAUGGUACCCCUUGGUUUUCCCGGCCACAAUCAAGCCUACCAGCGACCGCCCGGUCGGGCAGAUGAUGACGUAGGGGAUCUCAUCGGCCCUGACGGGCAUACUGAACAGCUGCCGCCUUACUCCCGCUAUCCUGAGAACGCUGUUCCCAAGGUAGAGGGAACAUUUGCGUCCGUUAAUGAUGCUGGCAUCACGUCGGACGAGACCCUCCACAAUGAGCAUGCGGGUCCGCCCAUGUCGGAGGUCGCUGCAACUAAUGUACCUGUGGAAGAGCCAAACCGAAUGAGCGCACGAAGUAAUUCCCAGUCCGAGGAGCCCCCGGUAACCGGCAUCAUGGCGUUUGAAGAAAAGUUGAAGAGGAAAGGCAAAAAGAAGGCUUGCUGUGGGCUACCCAUUUGGACUAUUGUUUUGGUGGGCGUGGUGAUGCUUGUUGGAGGGUGCAUCGGAGGUGUCAUUGGAGGCGUGCUUGGCGCAAAGAAGGCUGCGGAUCAGGAACACAAACAACCAAAGGGCCCGCGCAUUGUCACGUCGACUGUUACCCCCAAGAUGGAUGCGACUCCGAUCACUUCGACUCCGGUCAAUCUACUACCGCUUCCUACUGGCCAAUACGUCAUUCCAGCUUCUCCCAAGAAUCAGUCCAAGUUCUGCGUGGCAGAGUCAGACUACCGAGUUUCAUGGUCAUGCAUGAAUUCGGGAGAUAUCCCUGUGGCCGUUCAAGACUCCGAGGGCUACCGCUCAAUCACAUUCGAGGACACUACCUAUUCUUCGAGUCUAAGCUAUGGAGCACAAGCACCAGUCCUUUCGAACCCUACGCAGAACCUGUCGAUGGCAUAUGAUCUGAACGAUGCCAGUUUCGGACCUGCUUUGCACUUUUGGACCCUCUUCGACAAACUGGUCGUGGUGCCCCAAGACUCGUUCCCAACGCACGCGUCAUCGAAACGCUCACUGUCAGAGGAUGAAUUGUUGGCUACCAUGCUUGUUCGCAAGGAUGUUGCCAAGGCAGGAGAUAAGCCGUGGUUCUGCUGGUGGAACAGCACCAUUAUCGAAUUCUUCUUAUACGUCAAUGAAACCACCAAGGACGCUCAGUAUAGUGCGACCGCCAGUUCCGCAAGCUACGCUCAAGCCACAGCAGGUAGCUCAGGCUCCAACACAGGGUCGAUAUCUGAUUAUCCCCGUCGGAUCAAGAUGGAGGAGAAACGAGAGUACCCAGGUGCCCCUAGUCCUUAUUGUCAACAGAUGCAAGUCCUUGAUGACGGAUCAAUCGGUCCGAUAUCUCAAGAGAUUGUCCAGAUUAAAGAAUUAGAGCCCACGCCCACAACCACAAUCCAAGUCACCGGCACAACGCAAACAUAUACAGCGAAGGCCGAGUAUCAGAGCGUCUGCUACUGCGUGUCAUUGACUGAUUGA